AUGGCCCAACCCACUACUCACAUCGUCCACGGCGGCAAGCAAGUCCCCCCCGCCAGUAAAUGGACCCCCUUUGAGUGGGAAGAGCCCAAGCUAGGCAAGCAAGUCCACGGCGAAGUGACAAUCGCUCGAGCCUUUGGCACCUCUGGAAACUUGUCGUCUGGUUUCUGGAGAACUGGUCCUACCUCUCCAGGGGCGAGCUCUGACGGUUCCCACAAGCUCAUCUACUCGUCACCCCUGGGAGACGAGUUGGCCUGUGUCAUCGACGGAUCUGCUACUCUCACUGUCGUCUCUACUGGCGAGAAGCACCACAUCGGACCCGGUACCGUCGUCAGCUCUCCUAAGGGGCUUGAGGUUCAGUGGGAGAUUGACGCGCCCUUCUUCAAGAAGUACUGGUGCAUCUGGAACGGCACCAAAGCUACCCCUAACCCGCCAACUUCCCUCCAGAUCAACCACGUCAGCGAUAACCCCGCCGAGUGGACAGACUACCACUUCAAGGAGCCCAAGGAGGGAGAUCUAGUGGCCGGAGAGCUGUACUUUAUCAAGAGCGGUGGUUCCACUGGCACCAUGCUGAGCGGUGUCUGGCGCUCGGGCAAGGGCAUCGCGGGAUCCGACGUUGGCGAGGACGGCACGCUCAGGACCCCAUACACUGGUGUUCUAGGUGAUGAGACCAUCCUGCUCCUCGAGGGAGAAGUGGAUGUCGUCGAGACGGCAACCGGUGCCAAGCACAGUUUCAAGGCUGGAGAUGCUAUUGGUUUGACUUCUGGGAUGCACAUCACUUGGACUUCAAAGGGACCGUUUUCCAAGAAGCUCUGGGUUAUUACCCGCGAUGAGCUUCCAGAGGCUUAA